UGUUUGGAGGUUAGGGGUUGAAGGUGUUAGUUUUCUCUUCCUAAUUGUCAUUCUUUUGUCCUCACACUGACUAAAAGCCUCAGAGCUCGACUGCCUGUAAAGACAACAGUAACAGGAAUUAUUCCUCUGUCACUUUCUUACAUAACACAUAUCUCAGUAAUUAUAAUGUGUGUGUAAUGUGUGGGUGGUAGCUUCUGUAUAUUGUUUAAUUAGAGCUAAGCAACAUAGCAUUAGAUGAGGCAGAUGACUAGUACCAGUUCAUACAUCCGUUGAACAGAAAUUAUUUUAUUUGUCUAAACCUUAAAACGCCUCACUAGUUGAAAGUCAAAAUGCUGAAAGUACCUUGAAAAGAUGAAAUAUACUCUCUCUCUCUCUCUCUCUCUCUCUCUCUCCGUGACUGCGAUUGAAGCUACGUUAUGACUGAGUUAGAAGCCUCGGGGGUAGAGGAACAUCCCCUACCCUACAUGAUCUUUGUGGUGGUCUUCCUCUUCUUCCUCACUGGACUGCUGGGCUUCCUCAUCUGCCACCUGCUGAAGAAGCAGGGCUACCGCUGCCGCACCGGAGACAUGGACGACCCAGACGAGGAGGAGGAGGAGGAGAAGAAGCUUGGAGGGAAUGCAGAUGAUGAGGACGAGGACAACCAGGACACGGUGGAGCAGAUCCUCAAAUGCAUUAUUGAAAAUGAAGCUAACAUGGAAGCCUUCAAUGAGAUGUUUGGGAACCAAAAUGUAUGUGUGCGCCAUGACCCCAGGAUGCGUAAGGAGUCCAUUGGUGGUGUUCCUCCUCAUCACCAUACAGUCCACUCAGGCACCGACCACAACUCCUGCCACCUCUGUGCCCAGGUCCGGUCUAAAAAAGGCCGACGACAAAGCCGGACCCCCCGCUCUAAACAACGACCUGGAGAGCAGACUGUCUUCUCUGUUGGCAGGUUCCGGGUGACGCACACAGAUAAAAAGCUCCAUGGAGGUCCCAAUCCAUUGGUCAGUUCAGGGGACCAGCUGGACCAGUCCCAGGACAGCGACGAUCGGAAGGAGGGCGGGUACAAUCUAAGAAGCAUGUUCAAGGAUGUCCGACCGCCUUUAGAGGGCUCCAAUGGGGUCGCUCCGAAUGUGGGAAAACGCAGAAAGAGUCUUGGCAUAUUCGGGCUGAGACGGGGAAGCGACCCUGUUGGUAAUAAAUUUAGAGAGGGGACAGGCACAGAGAGUGGAGGUGUUAGAUUCGCUAUUCAGCAGCAACCUGUAGUGCUGGAGGAAGUGUUUCAGGCAGAGAAUAUUGCUCUUGAACGUGGUACAAAACCUGGUAUCAAACCUAAAAUUGCAACCUCAAAGAGUCAAACACUUGCUUCCCCUCAACGUGAGCCUAAGACUUCAGGUUCUGUUCAUUCUCCCUCGACCCAAAGUAAGGAUCAGACCCAGGGCUCUACGUCUGCUCCUGAGAGGGGCGUUAAAGAUGAGCCUAGUCCUGAACCUCGUACCAACCUUUCGGUCCCACUGUCUGUUGGGACCACAGCAACUCUUGCCCCCAGCUCUCUUCACAUUCCAUCUCCUGCAUUUAAAACAACAGAGAAACAAGGAGAUGUUGGGGGUAAGGUGUUAAAAAAUGAGGAGGCAUUUGAUCCUGGGCCGCAACAGACCUCUACACCUAUUGCCCCCAUGCCUGGAUCCAUUCCAGGUGUCACUCAUACUGGUCAACCUGAUCCCUGUUCUAGCACAGGUUUUCCAGUUACCCGAACUCCCCCUGACCCAAGCUCCAGCCCAGAUCUGGAAUCAGGUUGUGGUGCUAGCCUAGCUUUAAUAAGCUUAGGUUCAUCCCCUCCAUCUUCCGUCUCUUUGUUACAAACUCCUAUCUCACCCGUGCCGUUCACCCCAAGCCCUAAAAUUAGCUCAAGACAUACGCCAUCGGAGUAUGCCCUCACGCCAAGCCCCAAACUCCCAUCAGGCCGAGCCAUGUCUAGCCAAUCCCCUAUUCUAUCUUCAUCCUAUGGAAAAAGUGCUAGUCCAUUACAGGCCCGAACUCCCUCACCUGCUCUUACUGCUAGCCCCAAACUUGACAUCAUGCCAGUAUCACCACAAACCCGCUCUACUUCUACAGCAGACCAAAACAUGUCCUUUGGAAGUUCACCUUGUCCGACUUUAAAGCCAGGAAUUGAGACAUUUGUAGCAUCCAUGGCCAAAGGAGAUAUGAUUUCAAAGCCAUUCUCUCUGAAGGAACAAGAGCUGGAAAAAGCCAGAAUCCAAAAGACAGAAGAAAAAACAGAAAUAAUAAGGCCAGGGAUUCUCAAAACUGCUAAACCUCCACCAGUUAAGGACGAUUCUAAAGGUCCUGCACCGGACUCUUCCAUUGAUCAGCUUUCUAAAAACAGAAUGAGCAGUUUGCCUUUGUCGUCUUCCAUUCCCCUCUCCCCUUCCUCACCUAUAGGGAGCAUAAUAAGUAGUGUGACCAUUGUCAAAGCCAGCCCUGACAGCAAGAGAGAGUUUUCCGUUGUCACUAUGGCGGAAGAGAAAGAAUCCUCUACGUCAAUAAAAGACAAGAUAGGAUCAACUUCUGAACUCCGGGUUAAAUCAGAAAAAAAUGUUCCAGGAAUUAGUCCAGCACUUAGUCGGGGAGGAGAGGUUUAUGUUUCAGGCGUUGGACAACCUGAAAGUGAAAGUGGAAAGACUCCUGGAGCAGAGGUUAACCCAAGGGUGAGCCAAGAGAAGGAUGAUAUGGUGGAGAUGGAAGACAUUAGGGACUGCAAAGUGACACAGGUCAACGAAGCAGAGAGGGUGGUGGAGGAGUUGGAGAAGCUGGACAACACUUGGUCAAAACAGGACUGAUAGGUGGUGAUAUGGCCGAGAGACCAGCUCUGAUAAUUUAAAGAAAGAAGUGAAGAGUGGCACCAUUUAGUGGACUUUGGGAAAUAAUACAUGUAGUAAUAAUACAAUCAAGCAAUUAUGAACACGCCUUAAAUUGAGAGCGAGACUGGAUUGGCUUAUUAACUGACUUGCUGUUUGACAGAUGGGAAAUGAUCAGAAACUCUUCUACUGCUAGAUUUAUGAUGGAUGUUGCAUGUUUUAGCCUUUUUUUUAAACCACAAAUCACAUACUUUAUGUCAUGGCUGACCAUUGAAAUAUUGUUUUCUACUUUUAUGGGCAUUUUCUUCCAUUUAUGUCUGAACAGAGUCUAAAGCCAUUUUAGCAGCUCGGUGAGGUUGUAGGGAGCACAACGCAUAGCUUCAUGCUAACGUCAGUAUGCUAACAUGCCCAAAAUGACAAUGAUAUCCAGUAUUGGACAACGUGUAUUUUUUGGGCCUGAUGAUGGUGUGAGACGAAAUGUCAGAAGAUCACCAAAGUUAUUAUAAUUCAUCCUGAAGGGAACAUGACUGUCUGUACUGCAUUUCAUGGAAGUUUAUUCAAUAGUUGUAUAAUCUCUUAAAACCUAUAGUGGCAUUACAGGAACAUUUAAGGAACCACCAAAAUCCUUUAGAUACAUUGUCUGGGAACCAUGAAUGUGUGUAGAAAAUGUUUGCCAACCCCUUAAGAUAUUUCAGUCCGUAAUGGACCCUCAAACUGACUGAACGUCGGACUGAUAUUGCCAUCUCUGGAGCCCCGCCACUAGUCUGGCUAAAAAUCAAUGACUGGACUUUAGGUUAAUUGUCCUGUAUUACACAGCUCAAGAGACAUUUCAAGAAUUUCAUGUCUAUUGAAAAGCAAAUUGCUGCAAUUACCGCUACUCGUCACCGGUGCUGCCAAAUGAAAAAGAAACGGCGAUCUCUGAGAUUGUAACUUUGAAUCUUAUCUAAGUAUCAUUGCAGAGUGGAGUUUUCUUUUGACUAAAUUGUUUAAUAGUGACAGGCUGACCGCUUGGCUGGCUGAUGGAUUAGUCUGGAUGUUUAGUUGGCUUGGUAACGGACUGAUUAGAUUUGAUCAUAUCUGUUUGAUAAAUGUAUUGAUUUGGUAGCCAUCAUGAGUGUUUAUUGAUGUAUAAAGGUGCUAAGGUCUGUAAUCUUAUCUAUUGAUCCUGCUGAUUGUGAAUCAGAUCAACAGCACAAACAGUAGGGAGCAACAGUGGCUCUAUCGGCAGCUUGGCCAGUGGAGAUUUAGUGAAUUUGCUAUUUGCUAGUUCAUGCAGUUAUUAUUGACCCUUAUGCUAUACUGUAGUGGCUUUUGGCAGUAGCCUGCUGUAUGUUGCCAGGUGUUCAUUCCAAGUGUUCCCCUAUUUCCUCUAAAUGUGAAGUGAAUUUCCUCUAUGAGAGUAUAACCCGUAUGGACGUUGACAGAUCCACCCUCACUGCACUAAUGAUAUUGAAGAAAUAAGGACUCAAUCCUUCACUGGCUUCCCACCAUGCAAACAGUAACCAGUUGUUUUAAACACAGGUCAUAUGUGAUGUUAUUCUUAGCACCAGCAGACACCGCGUUGGCAGUCAUUUAUGUGACCAUAUAGACAUAUAUUACCACUAUAGCAGUAGAAAUACAGUAGUGUAAUCGGUCACUUCUACAGGUAAUUCCACUGCAUACCAGUCCCUUCAGGUACAGAAUAGUUUUCUGGAAAUAAGACAUAUCAAGUAAAAGAUUGGAUUUUUUUCAUGUCUUGUCAUUCCCAAUACUUCUUUCUGCUCAUGCCAUUUCGUAAUGUGUUAGACAUAAACUGAACCAAGAAAAUGCAAAACAAUGGCAAAUGAUAUCUAUAAUAGAAAGUAUAGCCAUAGACUCUGUACUGGUGAUCGUAAUAUCAAGCAGUACAUGCUAAUGCUUAUGAAAUAAGGUCUCAUACUACAGAGACAUUACAUAAUAUGCUCUGCGGUCCUUAAAGCUGUGAAACCUAAAAUGAAUGUAUUUUAUAGUAAGAUAUAGUAUUUGAAAUUGGCCUAACAGCAGUCUGGUGAUAUUGUACAUUGGUGACUACAGUGGAACUCUCCAUUGAUAUGCCUUCUGUUCACAAAUUCAACAUUAUAUUUAUCACCUGCAAUUUUUAAAACUACUACUAAUCCCAACACUGAAGCAGCCUGGUUACAGCUGUGUGAUGCUAUACAUAAAGUAUAUAUAAACCCAUUCAGUUUUACUGUGUCUCUAUACUCUCUAAAUACAAAACUACUACAAUAACAAGACCAUAAUAUACCCUGCAGCAAUCAUCUAAAGGUGUGGUCCAGAGUGCAUGUAAUGUAACAUGAUGUCCAUCUGGGAGCAUCAAUAGUAGUUAAACAAAAGACUUUGGAUUUAUUCAAAGCCCUUCGACUGCUUGUGUAAAUGAAAAAAGCGUUAUCCUAACCUAUAUCCAUAGGACUGGUCGCUAACAUUACAAAAAGAUGAAGAUCCAGGUGGUAAAAAACACAUUUUCCUUUAAGACCGAACAAAUUAGCUUCCAAAGCACUCUUGAUAAAUACAGGAAAAAGCAGGCUUCCCAAUGCUUAGCUUUCUCAAUGUUAUGGUAAUUAUUAAGGAUACGCCAAAUUGUUAAGUAAUGAUCUGAAGUAUUUUUAUAUAAAUCCACAUGCAGUUCUUUCACGUGUCUGUGUCUGAAAUAGGUAGUUACUGUGAAUGAAGAAAACUAAAGCUAAUAACAUUUGAAAACAAAAAGUCCAAAAGAAGAAGAUGUCACAGUACUGGCCACGCAUUGCAGUGCCCUGAGGAACGAAGGAAGAGAAGACAAAGCAAUACAUCAGUUGAAGAUUACAACUUUAAGUAGUGUAUGUCCUUUUGAAGAAGGAAAGACAUAAAGGAAGGUUUUGUAAUCCAAUUGCACAAACCCUAAACCUAACUACA